AUGCCGGAUCAAAGCUUAAUAAGAGCUCACGAAAAAUCUCAAGAAAAAUGAUCUGCCCAUCAUGCAAUCGCCCUAAAUAAGAACAUAAAACUCCUAAUUGACUUCUGCAAAUCAAAAAAACUAACUACAAUUGGUAUUGAACUCAACGGAAAAAUCUACAACUCUGAUAUAAACGUCAGACUUGAUCCUAUAAAGAAAACAGCCACUUUUAAGUGUUUAAAAGAAAUUCGCGGCACAAAAUUCUCUCAUGUACUUUUUACACAUCCUUUCCGGGCUGAAUUUUAUGCAGGAAAACCUUUCGUCCCAGGUUUUGAAAUUUUUGGCGGGAUCGGCUUAUCUGCAUAUGAAUUGCCAAUUCCUCUGUUAAAAUUAGAAUAUCAAAAAAAUAAAAUUACUUAUGCUUUAUCUAUGUGCCGUAGAUCAGGAAAUAUGAGCUAUUGGCUUAGCAUUAUGAAUAAAAAAGAUACAUCGAUCAGCAUUCCCUUCAGCUUCCGAAGCUGAGGGUUAAUUAUGUCACUUUUUCUUGGGUGGCUGUUUUAUUUUUCUUAUGAGCUUCAAAAUUUAAAGCCUUCCUUAAUUGAUCGAAAGAAAUAAAAUGGUGAUGUUGACGGAAAUUGGACUCGGAGGACACUCUAUGGAGCAGGUAAACCCUGAUAAAGCUGAAAACAGGACUCUAUCCUUUUUGAAGCAGGCCUUCAAGUUUUGGGAUGCCUUGACAAAGAGGGAAGUCUUGCUUCUCUCUAAAGGUUUUUCUACCCCUGACAGAUUGGCUAGACAGGUUUUGCCUACCACAUGGUUCUCCCUUGUUGGGACCAUUGGGAUACUCUACAAACAUUGGCUCUGCCCUAGGGAGCUAAUCCCCUGGACAGGUAGUUCAGGUCGGAAAUUAAAGAUGGCAGUCUCUUUUGUCUCGUGGAGCGAGGGAGGAGGCUAUUUUGGAGCCGAAACGAGGUAAGGCUAGUAAGUCGCACCCUUAUUGCCAGUUUAAUUUAAUGGCUUAAUUUAAUUGAUCGAAUUAAAAACAGCAUAAAAAAUUGGGAUAAAAAUGAUGAAAAAAGCUUAUAA